CAGGCUAGUGACAGGCUGCCUGCGUGGGGCCAGGGAGCCCAGUGCCACAAGGGAUUCACCGGGACUCCCCUGCUUCCCGGGAGCUGAGGCUGCAGACACCAUCGCCCCCGCCUGCGGUCUGGGGGGGAGGAGCCAGCUCUCGGCGGCCAGCGCCAUGGGCUUCGGGACGGAGCUGUGCGGCCCCCAGGCACACAGCGCCCUGCUGCAGCUGCAGGACUCUGAGCUGCGCCUCCUGGAGCUGAUGAAGAAGUGGAUGGUGCAGCGAGCCAAGAGCGACCGGGAGUACGCGGCCCUGCUGCACAACACGUUCUGCCAGCUGGAGAAGCAGGAGGGCUUCCGGCAGCCCCUGCCAGGAGACUACAAAAGCCAGAUCAGCAAGUCCUGGUGGGUGCUAGUGAGCCAGACGGAGGGGCUGAGCCAGAUCCUGCGGCGCCAUGCGGAGGACCUGGCCGCCGGGCCCCUGAACAAGCUGACCCUGCUGAUCCGCGACAAGCAGCAGCUACGCAAGGCCUACAGCGAGCAGUGGCAGCAGCUGAACCAGGACUACGUCAGG